AUGCCUCAAGCUCAGCCCGAAUUGAAGAAGUAUAUGGAAAAGCGGGUGUUCUGCCAAUUGAACGGCAACCGCAAAGUCAUUGGCAUCCUGCGAGGCUACGAUGUAUUCAUGAACAUCGUUCUCGACGAGGCUUUCGAGGAGAAGCAGGGAGGAGAGAAAGUCGCUAUCGGCAUGGUGGUCAUUCGCGGCAACUCGGUCGUUAUGCUUGAGGCUCUAGAACGGAUAUCCGAGAAAUAG